AUGGCCCCUCAAACGGACAAUUCCUUCAGCACGUUCUACGGCAGUAGUUCUCAAGGCGAGAGCCAUCAGGCUCGUCAAUAUGGAGAUGGCCAAGGAAAAGCCACUGUUGUCGAACGACGCAACCACAACGGAGACUCUGUUGUCGUUAUCAAUCAUCAAAAGCCCGACCCGGAGUCCGGAGCUGCUCACCCUCCCUACACAGGCAUGAAAAAGGUUCAACAUAAGUAA